AUGUUCGGAUUCCUGGUAAUCGCAGAAGGCGGUUCUGAAGUUGCGAGAACAACACCAUAUCUACAUGGCGGACAACUCCCGAAUCUCUAUCGGCGGACUGAAUGCUGGCAAUGUGGAAUAUGUCGCACGAUCGAUCACUCAAUGUCUAAGAGAAUUGGAGUAGUUCCACUUGGUGGACCCAUGAUAAGAUAG